AUGAAGCCACAGGCAUCUUCUAAUCCACAAGAUGAGUACAAAAUUAAGGACACGAAGCCCCAGCUUGGAGAGAGGUGGCCACAUGGAGGAGUUCGAGGUGGAGGAGGGUGGAUUAGUAGUGACAGGGUCACGAGUACUUAUGAUCUUGUCGAACAGAUGUAUUAUCUUUAUGUUCGAGUUGUGAAAGCAAAAGACUUGCCUACAAAUCCACUGACUGGAAAUUGCGAUCCAUAUGUAGAAGUGAAACUUGGGAAUUAUAAAGGCAAGACACAGCAUUUUGAGAAGAAAACAAACCCAAUAUGGAACCAAGUUUUCACGUUCUCGAAAGAGAAGAUUCAUUCAUCUGUUGUUGAAGUUUUCGUUAGAGACAGAGCGAUGGUAGCGAAAGACGACUAUCUAGGGAGGGUGGUUUUUGACAUGAAUGAAGUGCCUACUCGGGCUCCACCGGAUAGCCCUUUGGCGCCUCAGUGGUAUAGGCUAGUGGAUCGUCAAGAAGAAAGCAAGGUGAGAGGGGCAGUAAUGCUUGCAGUUUGGAUGGGAACUCAAGCAGAUGAAGCAUUCCCAGAAGCAUGGCAUUCGGAUGCUACUUCAGUUAAAGGAGAAGGCGUUUUUAGUGUCCGAACAAAGGUCUAUGUUUCCCCUAAAUUGUGGUAUCUCAGAGUCAAUAUAAUCGAAGCACAAGAAGUAGAAUCUCAAGACAAAAGCCAACCCCCUCAUGUCUUUGCAAAAGCUCAAGUUGGAAAUCAGAUACUAAAGACUAAACUAUGUCCAAACAGAACACCUAACCCGUUCUGGAACGAGGACCUUUUUUUUGUAGCAGCAGAGCCUUUUGAAGAGCAAUUAGUACUCACUGUUGAAAAUAAAACGGCUUCAAAGGAUGAGGUUGUUGGGGGUAUAAAAUUGCAAUUACACACCUUUGAAAGACGAUUGGAUCACCGACCAGUUCAUUCUCGGUGGUUUAACCUCGAGAAGUUCAGCUUUGGGGUUCUAGAGGGAGAUAGGAGGAAGGAACACAAGUUUUCAACAAGGAUUCAUAUCAGAGCCUGUCUUGAAGGUGGUUACCAUGUAUUAGAUGAAUCAACAAUGUACAUCAGCGAUCAACGCCCUACUGCUAGGGAGUUGUGGAAGCAGCCAAUUGGAAUCCUUGAAGUGGGAAUCUUAAGUGCACAAGGGCUUCUCCCAAUGAAGAAAAUGGAUGGCCGAGAAAGCACAGAUGCUUAUUGUGUGGCGAAAUACGGACUGAAAUGGGUGAGAACGAGAACAAUAGUUGAAAGCUUCAAUCCCAAAUGGAAUGAGCAAUAUACUUGGGAGGUUUAUGAUCCCUGCACAGUGAUCACACUGGGAGUUUUCGAUAACUGCCACUUGGGAAGGAACGAGAAGCCGGAAAAUGACUCGAGAAUUGGAAAAGUAAGAAUCAGAUUAUCCACGCUAGAAACAGACCGGAUUUAUACUCAUUCUUAUCCACUUCUUGUCCUGAACAAGUCUGGAGUCAAGAAGAUGGGAGAACUCCAAAUAGCAUUCCGAUUCACUUGUCUUUCUCUAGCACACAUGAUAUAUCUUUACGGUCGUCCAUUGCUGCCAAAAAUGCAUUAUCUGCAUCCUUUCACAGUAAACCAGUUGGACAGUUUGAGAUAUCAGGCCAUGAACAUUGUAGCUUCAAGGCUUGGACGAGCCGAACCUCCAUUGAGAAAAGAAGUUGUUGAAUACAUGCUAGAUGUUGAUUCCCACAUGUGGAGCAUGAGACGAAGCAAAGCCAACUUCUUCAGAAUUGUUUCGCUCUUUUCAGGUCUAAUCUCCUUAAGCAAGUGGCUUGUCGAAGUUUGCCAAUGGAAGAAGCCCGUCACCACAAUUCUUGUCCAUGUCCUCUUUUGCAUAUUAAUCUGCUAUCCGGAAUUAAUCCCCCCGACUAUGUUCCUUUACAUGUUUCUGAUAGGCUUAUGGAAUUACCGGUCGAGGCCAAGGCAUCCUCCACACAUGGACACUAAGCUUUCUUGGGCUGAGGCAGUUCACCCCGAUGAACUUGAUGAAGAGUUCGACACUUUCCCAACAUCCAGGCCUCAAGACAUUAUCAGGAUGAGGUACGAUAGACUUAGAAGUGUUGCGGGAAGGAUACAAACAGUGAUUGGUGAUAUGGCAACACAGGGGGAGAGAUUUCAUGCUCUACUCAGCUGGAGAGAUCCUAGAGCAACCAGCGUAUUCAUCGUUAUCUGCCUUUUUGCAGCAAUUUUUCUUUACAUAACACCUUUCAAAAUAGUGACUUUGAUAGCAGGUUUGUAUCUACUAAGGCACCCAAGAUUCAGAAGCAAAAUGCCUUCAGUGCCCAGCAAUUACUUCCGAAGAUUGCCCGCUCGAGCCGAUAGCAUGCUCUGA